UUCGUUGAAAACACGCCUAAUAAAUUAUAAAAAGUCGUUUUAUCAAGUUAUCAGGGUGGAUGCAACGUAUAAAAGUUCAAGUGCGUCAAAAAUACCCCUACACCCUCACCAGCUGUUGCAGUACCAAUACUGACACAGUGGUUGCAGAAAGUUCAAGUUAGUGCGUCUUAAACAUACCGGAGUCAGCCACUCUGCCAAAGCGCGAAUACUCUGUCUUGUGGUUGCGACCUAGACACGGCUCCGUCGUUGUAGCUCAGUGUGUGAAGUUGUGGCUCAAUGAAAGUGCAUAGCCAGCUUAUGGGAGUCGGCGGCUGGUACGACUGCCUGGCGGCCGAUUGGCUCGCCGACAUGAGGAGUAAGCAGGUGCCAACGUCCACCACGUCGGCCAGGCGGCUGGCGGCCUUAAUCCGGCCGCUGGGCGGAGGCGCGGACAGCAAGCCGCCGGAGGAGGAGGAGGAGCGCUCCGGCUCCCCGCUCGGGCCGGGCGGGCCGCACACGUGCAGCCACUGCCGCGGCACCUACCCCACGCGCGAGCAGCUCGAGCGGCACGAGACCCUGCACGCGCCCAGCACUCAGGUGGAUAGCGUCAAAUAUUCUUGCAAAAUAUGUCCGAAAAGCUUCGACAACGUUUACCGCCUGCAGCGGCAUAUGAUAAGUCACAUCGACUGCGCAUCAAUACGGAAGUAUAAGUGCAACGACUGCGAAAAAGCGUUUAAGUUUAAGCAUCACCUCAAAGAACAUAAUCGAAUACACAGCGGCGAGAAACCCUUCGAGUGCGCUAAUUGUGGAAAGAAAUUUUCUCACUCCGGCUCGUAUUCCUCGCAUAUGACCUCUAAGAAGUGUCUUGUUAUGAACCUCAAGAUGGGAAGGAUAAAGCCCAAUAACCCCGCUUUAAAUCCAGAUAGAAACUCUUCACGCAAACGAACGAAUGCUUUGGUUGCGUCACAACUUAAUAACAACAUAGCCCCAAACAAUUCCUCAUUUUUACCGAUACUGCCAAAAUACAAUGAAGCAGCAGCUGCAUUUUUUGCAUCAAUGUCAGCCCAAGAAAACAACUUCCACCGUCCACCUGUGGGGCAACCGGGAAUGCAUCCUUUCUACAUGCCACCGGGCAUGCCCAUGAGUCCAGCCAGUGGUAUAGCGCCUUACACCUUUCCGGCUUCGUUGAGCCAAUUGUUUGAGCAGCUAGCCUCACAACAAUACCCGCAGAGAAAGAUUGAAUCUCCAAGCCCAAAACAUAUGAGUCCACUUGGUCCAAACCCCGAAGAUUUAAUAGAAGAAGUAACAGAAGAAGACGAUAAAAGAUCCGAAGGCAGCGCUGAGCUAGUAAUGGAUAUUGAGGAAGAUGAUAAUAUAUCCAUUAAGAAGGAACAAGAAGACCGAGACAGUGAACAAAUAUUACGGUCUCAAGCUUUCGAGUCCGUUCCAGCCAAUGAUAAUGGUACUAGAGUUGAUCAAUCAGGCUUCAACACAAUUUUAAAAUCCGUUAAUGCAUCGGUAACAAAACACUUUUUUACAGCUAAUAUGGAAAGCUUGUCUCCAAUGUCGGGUAAUAUUUGCCCUAGUGUAGAGUCUCCUUCUGCGCCGCAUUUAACAGUGAAACAGGAACCUGAAGAUCCCUAUCUCUGCGUAAAGUGUAAUGUUUCAUUCAAUAGUCAUAAUGACCUUAUUGAACAUGAAAAAUUAUGCGGAAAUAUGUUCAGAAAACACGAAGGGUUAGCGGCUCAAGUGGCUGAAACAGUAGCACUUAACAGAUUAGAAGCCGAAAUGCGGGCGUCAAUACAGAGUGGAGUGAGUGCAAGUGAAGAUGAAGACUAUGGAAAGGAUGACCUCGAAGACAAAGUUUCCUUGCACGAUAGCGAUAGAAAAAUAAGAGUUCGCACGGCGCUAAGCGAAGAGCAACAAACAGUGCUGAAAGAACACUACGCUGUAAAUCCUCGCCCAAACAGGGAAGAGUUUAAAAAGAUAGCUCAAAGAAUUGGCCUGGACAACAGGGUUGUCCAAGUGUGGUUCCAAAAUAAUAGGGCCAGAGUGCGAAGAAUGACGCAAGUGGUCGCAAUGCCCGACCAGCCGUUAGAUUUAUCUACAAAAAAAUCGAGCGCGUCCAUUACGUCUAGUCCGGCGCCUUCGCCACCCUGCAGCAUUUCUGUUACACAUUCCGAUUCCGAAGAAGCCGUUAAUUUAAGUCAGAAGUCUUCACGGAGUACGACGCCACACCGACCCCACUACUUAAACACGUACCCACAUUCCAAUUGUUCUUCCUCAUCGUUUAUCGACUUUCGGUUGUCACCUUCACCGGGAGAAAACAUAAAUGGACAAAAAAGGCUAAUGUCGCAAAAGAUGCCAGUGAAUCCUUUGAUGCCCAUGGACAAGCUGCUCCAGUACAAUGAUUUGACGAACGGACGAUCACCGAUUCUCAACAUGCACAUGCCAGAGAACAGGCAUGAAUCCAGUCCAGCUUACGAUCGGCCGAAUUGGAGCGACGGUCUACAUUCACAAAACGACUUCGAUGACGAUGGACCAGUACUUAAAAAAAGCAAAUUAAAGAGCGAUUAUAAGGAGGGAGAGGGGCAGUUUGUGUGCGACCAAUGCGACAAAACAUUCGUCAAACAGAGCUCUCUCGCGAGGCAUAAAUAUGAACACUCAGGUCUACGGCCCUACAAGUGCGCGGAAUGUGAUAAAGCCUUCAAACACAAGCACCACCUCACAGAGCACAAACGCCUACACACGGGGGAGAAGCCCUACCAGUGCUGCAAAUGCCUCAAGAAGUUCUCGCACUCUGGCUCCUACAGCCAACACAUGAACCACAGGUUCGCCAUUUGCAAGCCCUAUAGAGACUAAUGCCUAAUACUAAUAAUCCAACCGUAAAAUAUGUUAGCUGAAUGUUAAAAUCUUUGAAAUUCUUCUAUUUUCAACUAUUGUUCGGAAUUCAGACAUUGAAAGAGUUUGAAAAUGGUAUCAGGUCACAUUAGCGAUAUGUCGCUCAACGAACAUUUUGUAUAAAUAGUUUAAAAACAAUGAAUAUAUAAGCAAACCAUUUUAAAUAUAGAGCUGGUGACUUACAAGUGGAAACUUAUAAUAAAAACAUUACGCUUGAAGAUGUCAUAUCGUCAGCACAAAACAUAACCAGUCUUCUAAAUCUACGACUCACAUACUCUAGUUAUCGAUUCAAUAUACAUUGGUACAACAUGAAGAAAAUUUAAAAAGCUUAUACCAGAUAAAAGAUAUAGAGUCACCGGACAAGUUGACAAAAAGAACAAAAAGUUAUGUACAAUCCAAUCGCUAAUGUGGCCUACAUUCACCGAUUUAAGGAUGUAAACUUUGACGUCUCGUUUUGACCUAAACAUAUUGUAAAAAAGACAGAAUAUUAUGAAUGUACAAUAUACAUUGUUAAGCAGAGAGGAAUUCAGAAACUCUUCAGCAAGUCUUAAUUGUACUGCAAAUACUAUCCGUUAUUAUAUACCUACUCGUAACGUUAGAAGAGUUGCUCCUAUUUUAGAAAUAAUAUAAAAACUUACAAUAGACGAAAGUUUGAAAAGUGGAAGUAUUUAAAGUACCUUCUGUUAUGAAAUGAGAAAUCUUCGGGACUCUGCUAGUUAUAUUAUAAGGCUGUUACUUAGUAAUAACUAGAUUACUUAUGCCCGUUUUCACUAAUCAUAGGA